AUGGAUAGUGAACGACGAUGUCAACCGCCUCAAACGCAGAGCUUUGUAAGAUGGUCGGGGAUGACACCUGACCUAAUCACCCCAGUGUUCGUCUACUCGGCCAGCGGGGACGAAGAAUCUUUGACUGGUGCCUGCCUCGCUCGAUGUAGAGAACUCGAUGAUUGUGCUGCGGUGAUUAUUGCUUACACGAAGGGCAACUGUCAAGGGAUAGCGGAAACUCGUGUAACUCAGUUCAGCACGGAUAACGAAGUUGCCUAUUUCAACAAAGUUUGUAUAAAAUUACCAGGUAACUGCAAUAACAGCUGGUGGGUCUUAGAGAGCACGCCGGGGUACUACUUGAACUCUGAUGGACCAUAUAUAAAAGUUAUUACGAAUACAACCGUCCAGGAAUGCUAUAACGUCAUUUUUUCUACAAACGAAAAAAUUUACCGGUCAUCACAGUGGGUGUAUCCAGACAGCGCGUCUGAUGCGUUCACUUUGUCUGAUUCGGCGGUCGGAAAUUGUAUUCUAAACGGAGAAAAUAAGUUUACCGAACCCGAGUCAUACCGGGUGUCUAACUAUUACACGAUCUACAUUGAAAACCAAUGUGGACAUGACUAUCCGAAAAAAAUUGACAGAUGUUCUUAUGAAGAAUACUACAACCAAACAAUAAAGCACGUAGAUUUGACUGCGAAGAAUUAUACGAAAGAUGAGUGUAAAUUCGCUUGUGAACGGGAAAAGCGAUUUGUAUGUCGUGGUUUCACAUGGACCGCGACGUCAUCGCGCGGUCUCUGCGACCUGCACAGCGAGGACCUCGUCACCAGCGGCUCCUGGUUGCUGCGCCGUAUCUCCGGUGCUACAUACUACCGCCGUGUCACUUGUCUCAAUAUAAGCGUAGAGUGCGAAGCAUCGCACCUAGUAGUGACGUACCGGCCGCGCGGCGUAUUCCGCGGCCGCGUGUACGUGCCCGGGCGCGGCGAGCGAUGCGGGGCGCGCGCCCUCGGAGCCGCGCCCGUGCGCCUCGCACUACCGCUGCACGGAGACUGCGAUGUUAACUUCGCUUAUGCCAUCACCAAAGGGCCUAAUGGAGUUGUCAAUAGAACAAUGGCAUACGUGAUGCUGAUGAUCCAGAGCAACCCCAUCAUCCAGACGGCGGGCGACCGCUGGGUGCGUGUUGGCUGCUCCCCCGGCGCCGGCGCCAAGGGGUACACCAAGGUCGACACCACCGUCGCUGUCAAGGACACGGGACGGCCAUCGCUGGCCAGCGAGUCGUCGCUGGAGGAGGACGACGCCCACCUGGGCGCGAGCGCCGUGUUCGGCGGGGGCGCGCGCGUGGCGCUGUCCACGGUGCGAGCGCGCGCGGGCGACGGCGCCGUGGCGCUCGGAGAGCCUCUCGAGCUUCGAAUCGAAACCACAGAUGAAAAAGAAAUCGAGGCUUAUCAUUUGGUGGCAUCUUCGAGACUUGGCGAUAGCUCCGUUUUAUUACUAGAUAACAAUGGGUGUCCAACAGGGCAGGUUGAUUUCCCGUCAUUUACAAGGUCUUAUAUUGGAGGAACCCAGCGCCUAUCAGCGCAGUUCAAAGCGUUUCGUUUUCCUACUUCUCAAGUGGUACGAUUCUCUGUCAUGGUCAAAUUUUGCGAUGAAAAAUGUCCAGCGGUAAACUGUGGUAAAAUUGAACAGUUGCGAAAUGCACGAGGUACUAAUGAAACGUUGGACACGAUAGACGCUCUGGUUUCUGAGACCGGCAGGCAAGAGUGGGCGGCGGGCGCGGCGGGGCGCGGGCCGCUGCAGCUGGAGCUGCGCGUGGGCGCGCGCGCGCCGCCCGCCGACACGCUCGUGCGCGCCGACCUGCGCUCCGCGCCGCCGGAAGACGCACUCGCGCACGACAGUGCGAUGGUGUGUGUGCACGAGCUGCUGCUGGUGGCGCUGUUGCUGGCCUGGCUCGCCGUGCAGGUGCUGCUGCUGCUGGGCUGCUGCGUGCUCGUCAAGAGAUAUAGAAAUUUAGCGGAGAUGAAUAUGCAGAAAGAUUAUCAUUCAUUCGAUAAUAUUGGCUUUGACACGGGAUCCACUCAUCGACGCGUACACUGGCCUGAUCAAAACAUAGAUAUUAUACACGCAUCGUAGUUAUUAAAGGGCUUAACUGGGGUAGGGCACAGCAGGAAAUAUCCUGCUCAAAAUCUGGAGCAGCCCGACUGGGGAAGUACCUCGACCUUA